AUGCACAACUCGAUUCAAGGAGCUACUAUUGGCGGCCGUCCUCAGGACACUUCAAACACAGUCCCUCUAGGAAGCGCCGACUUUCUCAACGAGAAUCUAAGCAUGCCUCUGCUCUUAUUUACCGACGACGAAGCAGACACACUUGUCUACAUCGAUCCCGGUCCUGCGCAACCAGGUGAAGGGAAUAGUCACCAAUCCCAUCGCUGGGUAUUCGGUACACAGACAACAGUACAAGCCAUCCCACACCGAAUACACAGUCGGAAACUGCUCGAUACAGGAUCAGAUGUGCUAAAAGAUCUCUUCAGGCCUCGUAAUCAAGCACGCGUCCGCAAGCGCUAUGGUCUCACCAACGACAUGCCCCUGGGCGUCAAGUACGCUAUCGAUCUGACUCCCCCUUCCGAGGGCGAGGAGGCAGUCAUCUUCAUGACGGAGCUGUCGUGUCCAAUGGGUGUACGGAAAUGGGCACAAAUGCAAUCACGAUGGGCUCUUCCUCAAUCCUGUGUGAGCGGACAAGAUGAAAUCGAAUGGAUCAGAACUGUGGACGACGUGGCGCCUGCUCCCAUAAUUGUUAACGCAGAUGACGAAACCAAAAAAGAUAAAGAUCGCCGAAAGCAGGAUAAGAAAGAAGCAAAAAAAGCUAGAAAGCAAGCAGAGAAGGAAGCCAAAACGGCUGAUCAACCUCAACGUGUUGAAAUGCCUCGUAGGAUUAUGAAUUUGCAGGGAAAUCUGCCCACCUUACGAGCUGACUUGGAUCCGCCUCCUUCGUACGAAGAAAGCGAAGAUAAUUACCAGAAGGCAGCCCCGCUGCAGAAAAAACCGGAAUCUCCAAAGGAGAAAACUAAGAAAAUACCAGGUCUCCCAUUCGAUUACUCGCCCUCCCGACAUCGAACAUGUCUGGAGCGCUUCCUGCAUGCUCUUGAAGGCCUUGAUCCGAAGCUCGAUACAGCGCCGAAACUAUGGACAUACUUUGCUUUGGCAAAGAUCCUACAAGUCGCCACACACCCGGCAGUCGGCGAUCACGUAUUGGUCUGGUUGUAUAACCGGACGAACACCAUGUUCAUCGAAGUGAACCCGGAGUUAGCUUACAAAAUUGGGUGCGGUUUACAAUGCCGUCCUCUGUGUCAAACCUCAUUUGCAAUCCUGGUUGGAGAGGAAAGCUUGUUACUUCUGGACUCAUCGAUAAAGGGCGAAGUGCCCAAACGGAAGGCUCUCACCGUUCAUGGCCGCAACCGUGAACCACUGGACGAUACAGAAGUACAGCGAGUAGAGUACGCCAGCAAAGUCUUCCUUGACCGAAUAUUGAACGAAUUCAUCAAGCUCGCUGGUACCCGAAUGGAAUGGGUAGAAGAAGCGGUAAAGGAGAAACUCGACAAAUGGCUUCUUCUUGACUACACAGAACACCAACAGGCUAUUGAGGAGCUCUUCGAUUUUUGCAAGCUGUAUGUUCGCUGCCAGAUAUAUCAGGUCCUGAUGCAGCCAUCUACACCAAACACGGAACUUAGAUUUCAUUCAAAUGAUUCUUCUGAAUAUCCAGGCAUCAAUUACUACAUCGCCCGCUCGACCAUGCACCCUUUGUGUCGCAUAUUCACUCGCGGGUUUUGGAAAUCCCUCUCUACAGACCUUCCCGUGCUGACGGACGCACAUACCUGGAUUCAUUCAUCGCUAGACUGCUUGGCACCUGGCAUACCGAACCUCAAAGAUCAGGACCUUGCCGCGAUCCGUCCUAUAUCACCAUUUGAGGUUGACCGAGUCUUUACGAAAUUCCAAAAAGCGGUGGGUAUGAACUGGGCCGAUUUUGUUAUCUUUCAAAUGGCGAUCAAGAAGCAUCUGGAUAAAAUAACGACUCGUAUCGCUGGACCUCCGCUAUACGAUCAGGUUGCCUCGUCCAUGUUCGACGUCCCGUUUGAUAUUGUCGAUACACUUGUAUGUCUACAAGAGGAUGAAUUCAAGUUUCUGCCUCUAUGGGCCGGAGGGUUUGAUGAUGGUACCGGCGGCGUCUUUGACGAUCAGUCUGUUCCAAUUCUGGAAGAAGGGGGAUUCUCAACUGCAGGUCCUUCCGUGCAUUUGGGUAGCGUCCAGGAUCCGGACGAGGUUGCUUCCAUGGACUCGUUUGAGUCUAUCCGUCCCGAUGAGGCGGCCAGUACAGUACAUCGCGCUUCACAUGAAGCUACGGACAGCCAUGCUUCUACGACAGUCGUAUCUGCGGCGACCUCGGUGUCUGACUUUGAGCUUGUCGGGCGUGUGCACGAGUUGAAUAUCAGGAGUGUGAAUGGGUCUGUGGUGAGCGGCGACGAUGAUGUGCAAAUGAAUGAUACCGUUGAGGACGAGUUUGAUUACUUUGAUGACGAAUACGACGACGACGAUGAUGAUGAUGAUGACGAUACGAUUGGGAGUUUUUCUGAUGUGGAGGGUAUGCGGUCAUGA